AUGUCUGAUUCAUUGGUUGGUCCUGUCCUUGAGCACGACUCAGUAUCCCUAUUGAUUGAAGUUAAGCUCUUGCCACGUUCCACAGCAUUCUCUCUUUUGCCAAAAUGGAAGUGGAUAAUAAUGCUCAGAGGAUGCUAUAGAGGAAUCUGGCAGGCACUGUUUUUAGGACACCCUUGCUUCAGCUUCGGUGGUUGUGUGUAUGUGAUAUUUUUCGCAUUCAUGUCUGAAUACAGCUUGGUCUAUGGAGCUUCAAAGAUUGCUGCAACAGCGAGCGCUGGGAAGGUAGAGCUAGUUAGGUGCUGA